AUGAAACUUUCGUUCUCACAAUUGACGAAAGCCUCAGCUCUGCGGAUACCUAUAGGUGGGCGGAUCCGCGGAUUAGGUCCACACAAAUACUACACAACAGCAGCUCCAGCCAUGACUUUGGAAUCUGCUCGUGCUCAUGGUCUCAAGAUACUCAGUGAGCAAGAUCGAUCAUCAUACAUUCUGCACAAGUACAUAACAAAACGCGCCCAAGACGCGUUUCUAGCAGUGCGCUUAUUUUAUCUCGACACUGCACGAAUUGCAGCCUCAGUUUCUAAUACUCAAAUGGCACAGCUGCGGUUUGAUUUCUGGCGACGUACAGUACAGCAAAUUUUUGCACAAUCUACCUCUAAUGAUAAUACCCCAGCUGUAGGUGCACUGGCCAAAGAACCUGUUGCAAUUCUGUUGCGACAUGCACUCAAGGAUCAGGGAAUUGUGCUAUCUAAACGCUACUUUAUUACACUACUGCAGACUCGUGAGUCGCAUGACGUUCGAAUGCCACCAUUCCGUAACGCAGACGCCAUGGCCUCUUACGGUGAAGGCACUCAUUCACAGGCCAUGUAUUUGACCCAGGAGGCAUGUUUAUCUGCAGCUCCACGGGUGGCCCAGUUUUUACAAGAGUACCCGGAUAUGGAUCGGCUUGCACACGAUUUGGUUGCGCAUGCCGGGCAAGCUGCUGGUGUGGCAGGGUUGAUUAAGGCAUUUAAGUAUUACGGUCGACGUGGGAAUAUUGUAUUACCUGUGGAUUCCAUGGCCAAACACAAUGUAUCACAGCAUUCUGUUUCGCAAAUGAUUACAGCAUAUGGAGAGGGUGGCCAAGCGGCGGUUGAUACUCCAGAAAUGUUGGCGCUAAGAGGACAACUUUCGGAUGUUGUUUUUGAAACAGCAACUUUGGCCAAUGAUCACAUUAUUUCGGCAGCAUCAAUCAUUAAGCAACUUAAUGAGUAUUUAUCUGGAGAUAUUCCGGAUGCCAUUUUUGUGCCUGCAAUGAAUGUGAUUCCUACCAAGCUGUUUUUGGAAAGGUUGGAAAAGUAUAACUUUGACGUUAUGCAUCCAGAUGUGCUAAAGACAGGAAGCGAUUGGAAACUGCCAUUCCGCUCAUACAAGGCGUACAAACUGCGCAAGAUAGAUUAA